AUGGAGGAGCUUCAGGGCACACUUCGGAAGGCGCAGUGCACCGUGCUCGAGGCACAGCGCGACCUGAUCACUCUGCGCCGGAUGCGGGACGCGGGCGAGGUAGCAGAGACCUCGUUGGCGCUGCAAUCGUCGUCGCAGGCGAAGCAGGAGGAGGCGGUGCGGCAGCUCGAGCGGGGCACACACCUCCUCUGCAUGCUCCUCAAGGAGCACAACGAGGGCUCUGCGCCGCGACCGGAGAAUGACGUGGGCGCGGCAAAGCAGGCAAUGCGGCGCUACUUUGAGGGCCAGGUCGAGGUGCAGCGGCGGCGGGAGGAAGAGUUUCUGGUGCAGCUUGCGGAUAAGGACAAAGAACUGGCCGCUGCGCAGGAUGGCGCUGCGGUUUUUUUUCAGCGGGCGCUGGCACAGCGGCUGCAGAUGCGGGUGUUGAGCCGUUGGCUGCGCCGAGCUUUUUGUGUCUGCGCUGAGCGCGAGCGAGCCGACAGCAGACGUCAGUUUAAGAGGUUCCGUGACAACGUAGCCCGCCGGUACGCAGCGAACAGGUCGAACAGGGAGCUACGGGCACGGUGUUUUUACCACUGGAGGGCGCGGUGGCUUCAAGUUGCAUUAGAGAUGCAGCGUCGCCGACAGGUUGAACUUGAGGCGGUGCUGCAGCGCUCCCAGCAGGAGCUGCGACGUGCCGAGUUGGACUUUCAGCAGCACGUGUCACGUGAUAGGAAGCACGAACGGCUUGCGCACGAUGCGGUGUCUCGCGUGGAGCAGGAGCGUGAGGAGGAGGUGGUGCGGCUUAAGAGAGCUAUGGACGAGAUGGCGCACGAGUUUAGUGAACGCACGAGCAACUACGUGCGACAACAGGAGGAGUUGGCGCGGCACUACGCAGAGCGGGAGCGGCGGCUCGCACACCAGGUGCUUGCCGCGGAGGAGAGCAGCCGCAAAGAAGAGUGGCAGUCUACGCGCCUUGCAGCGGCUGUGAGAGCGCAACAGGCAUUGUUUGCUGCAAUGAUGCAGGCGACGUGGACCGCCGUGGACACGUGCGUUUCGGCGAAGAUGCAGCUGCUCCACCUUGCGUCUCUCGCUCUGGUUCGCGAGGCGGGGCGGUGCAGCGCCGAGCUGACGGAGAAGUUAACGGAGCUGACGGAGCAGGUCGACCUCGUUGCCCCGCUGAGCCAGCGGGUGGUGCUCCUGCAAGGACGCUGCGAGGUUGCCGAGCGGCAUCUUGACGCGGCGCGUGCGGCACUCGAAAGUCAUGUGAACCAUCUUCGCCGCAGGGGAGCGGUGCAGGCGACGCUGCUGCAACGGGUCAACGUUGCGGUGCAAAUGCAGCGCAUCUGGGCGUCAUGGCGAGUACACGCGGUGAGUCAGCGGCUUGUACGGCUGCAGCAGAUGGUGCACGUGGAGUUGGAGGAAACGAAGCGGGAAGUUCGGGUCACGGCUGCUGAGGUCCAGGAACGGCGGCACCGCGCUGCAGUGGAACAGUUUCUGCACGACGAGUCUUUCCACCGCCGCUGCCUCGCAGCACUGGAGGAUGCCGUGCGACAGUCGUUGUGCCACAAGGCGGAGCGUGAGGUCGCGGAGAUAUGCGUGCGCGCAGAGCUCCUGGCAAGAGAGCGGCAGUGUGCGGGACUUCGGGAGAAUGUUGCCGGUCUGACGGCUGACUUGGAACUGUGGAGGCAAACAGCGGAGGAAUCUUGGCACACACAACUGCAGAGUGCACGCGCAGCUCAGUUUGCGCGGCUGAACUCCAUGGAAUAUGAGAAGCGUCUCUCUUUGUACCAUGAAGAGAUUUGCGAGCUGCAAGUUCUACAGCAAGGGCUGUGCGCCUUGCGUGUUGGGGCGGCAUUAGGUGAGGAGCAGCAGACGCUGCGGGCCGAGCUUGACAGUGCGAUGGGGCGACUGCAGGAUGUGGGCUGCCUCCUCGUUGAGUAUUGCGCACGGGAUGCGUUUAGCCGGUGGCUCCUGUUUGCCCACAGGAGACGGAGUCAACGAGGCGAGAAACAGAUGUUGGCGAUUCCGGGAGCCGCAGCAUCGUGGCUCAACGCCUCAACAGGGUCGCUGACAAGCCUGCACGAUACCAAACUUCAACUGUUUCACAUUCACACGCAUCCGAUUACCGCCUCGCUUGCUACGGCGGCAGAAUUAUCUGCGGCCGACGCGGCAGCCGCCAAAAUAGAGUUGGAAACCAUACGCGCUGAGUGCAACACACGCGUCUCCACCGACAUGCAGCGUUACCUUACACUGUGGGUUACCUUAACAGAGACAGCCGCGAACUGGUUUGCAAGACGAGAGUGCCUCUUCUUGGAGUUCUGUCAGGAGGUGUGCACAGCUACCGCCGUACCUGUCACGCAGGCAAUGCGUCUUCUCUCCACGGAAAAGUUGAUGAUGGCGGAACACGUACGCGUCGUCGUGGAGGAGAUGAGCGCUGCCACCACAAAGGCUCUCGAAGCACAGCGGGAACAGCAUGAGGCUUCGCUUGAUGAGUUAUUGCAGUACCAAAAAUUUCUUGAGGAUAGAAUUGCCACCGUAGGAGUUGUAGAAGGGGUGUCGGAGCGGAGGUGUCGCGAGCUGCGAGAGCAGCACGAGGCGUACGAGGCACGAGCGCGGCGGGACAUGGCGGAUAUGAUGGAGCGUGUCGAGGCGCUGCGAGCCGAGCUGCAGGCCAGCAGCGACCGUCGAGAGGAGGAGCGCCGUCGCCACGAGGAGGAGGUCUGCGCGCUGCGCUCCCGCCUGCACGUGCAGGAGGAGGAGGCGCAGCAGGCCGCUGCGCGGCUGCGUUCAAGGCACGAGCAGGAGCUGACGGAGCUGCGGGCGGCGAUGGACGGCCUCCGAGCAGCGUCGGUGGGACGGCAUGAGGCAUUGGAUGGCGUUGUGCGGCAGUACGAACACGUAUUACUUUUGUUUCAGCAGAACGUAGCGGGCCGUCGCUCCGAAUUUCUUGCCGCCGCCGGCAUGCUGGAGGAUGUGGAGAACUUUUCGAAGGAGCUCCUUCGCCGGUCUG